AUGACUCAGGGAGACGCGACUUUGACACCACAGCCGGACCAGAGCACGCCUCGGAGCGAACGCUUCACCCGCAGCUACAUUGCAUGUGAGCGAUGUCGGCGCCGAAAAGUGAAAUGUAUUGUACAGGAGAAGCCCCCGUGCGCCAAAUGCAAACGAGAGCUUCGAACGUGUGUCUUCCGCCAGUGUCGUACCAGUGGAAGGCAGAGAGAACCUCCCAGUUGGGCCGCUUCUGCGGACCACCAGCUGGACGAGAAUAUGUCUCCUCCACCACAGACAAGUCCCCCGGCAGUAGAUCUGGAGUCACUGGAGAACUUGACUUCUGCGGACCUUCCGAUGGAUAACAACCUUGCCCAUGCUAGGACUCAGCAAUCGCUUGUGGAGCGAGCUGUGCCCUUCGCCAUGCUGAAUUCGGGCGAAAGUCCCAUCUUCAGUAGCGAAGCACGCCAAGCCGCCGAGUCGCUGAUGUCUCGUGCAACUCCUCUGCCAGGCCUUGCGCCUGCGCCUGACCCACAUCCAGCUGGCAAUGUCGAGCAAGGCUCAGUGGUUCCGACGGUUGUGAACGAGCUUUGUGAGGCCAGUCCAGAGCUGCUGUCCACGUGGAACAAAUGUCGCUUUGUCAGGCAGCACUGGCUCACUGCCCAAGCAGCAAUAACCUAUGUUGAGCUGUUUCGACGCCAUAUUGUUCCCUUCACACCUGUUCGUGUAGGCGAUUACUGCAUUCCUGCGAAUCACCAAAGAUUGAUUCAACACGAGCCGAUGAUGUGCUGUACCAUCCUCAUGAUAUCCUCUAGGUAUUUUACCCUGUCCGUCUCUGGCGGUCUUCUUCGGGGUCAAAUGUUGCACCAACGGUUGUGGGAAUAUUGCGAGCUUCUUAUACGUCGAAUCCUGUACGGCUUGGAAAAAACCUCAACCUCGCGGAUCCGGAUAGUAAGCACUAUCGAGAGCUUCUUACUCAUCUCCGAUUGGCAUCCACGCUCCAUAUUAUUUCCCUUAGACCACGAAAUGUACGAUAGCGAUCCGGAGCCGCUUGAUACACAGGGGAUCAGAGAGGCAGAGCGCAGCUCGGGUCCAUCCGUUGAAUGGCGCAACAAUGUCCUCGAGCCCGCGCGACGGUCGGACCGCAUGUCAUUGAUGAUGCUGGGGACGGCAACUAAUCUUGCUUAUGAGCUUGGCCUAUUUGCUGACGACCUUGGGAUGAUCACUGACGGCGAGCAUGAACGCAGAAGGCGAAUGCGGACCCGGAAACUGCUGUACAUCUACGUCACAAACAUCGCAGUCAGGAUGGGCUUUCCAAGCGGACUGCCUCAAGAUAUUGUGUUUGCCUCGUCCAAGGAGUCUUUCAAUGCCCUGAAUGAAGCUGGGACCCCAUUUGAAUCUUGGAACACCAUCGCAGACUUGUGGCUCGAGCUGGUCCGUCUGAGCAAAAACGCAACGGCAAUCUUCUUUGGCUCGCACUCACACACGAGAAAACAAUUACUCAACGGCCAAUAUGUGACCUUGAUCCAACAUAUUCUCCCCUUGCUUGACCAAUGGUACAUCAAAUUCCAGUCGAGCAUCGUCCCAGGCACAGAGUUUCAAGCCCUUUGCGAUCUGCUGAGCAUCGAGUACCAGACCUUACGCUCUUUCAUCCAUGCUCUGUCGAUGCAAGCGGUAGUGGAGAGGGCUUCUGCGAGAGGGAUCGAGAUGUACAGCCAGAAUGAUUUGCAGAGCACAUGUUUCCUGAGUCAAGACAUCAACUUCAUCCACGAGGUCAUCGUCAGUAGCCAAGAGAUCUUGCGGUCGGCUACUUCGAUGGCAUCGUCGGGCGUCUUGCGCCUCAUGCCUGUCCGCCAGACUCUCUCAAUCAUCUCAACAACCAUCCUCUUGUUCAAGGCUAUCAGUCUGGGCGCAUGUGACUCAGACUUGCAGUCGUCACUCGAGAUCUUGGAGGCGUGCAUUUCAGCGCUGAACUCGACUGCGGUCAAGGACGAAUUUGACUUCUCUUCUCAUUUCGCCGCCUUGAUCGAAACGCGGAUAGCGGUGUUCAAAACCACAUUCGUCCGGCCACCCGACGUCGAAAGUAGGAUGACGAGACUACAGACAAUCCGUGGGGAUCCUCUUGAAGGCGUACCUGGUGUGGCAACAACCCUACAAAAUUCCGCGGGCAUACAUGAAUCGGGUGUGACUGCGCCGGUCAAUACUCACCCGAGCGAUCUGAUCUUUGAUGACAUCAGCGAUUGGUGGACACGACCUUUUGAUCCGAGCCUUGCACCAUUCAGCGCAUGGGACGACCAUAUAUCCUCCAACCUGGAGAUCGAUUCUUUGGACUUUUUAUGGAACAUCCCCAUGGAUUGA